GAACCAACUUUAUGGCCUUGAAAUCUUGAUACCUUGCAAAAGUUGGAAAAAGCUCUUUGUUGCUAAUGCUUAUCCUUGACCAUUAAGCAAUACGAAAGCUGAGAAUUAAACUGGUUUGGAUCAUUCGAGGAGGAUCGGUUCUAGUUAGAUAUUCUGGGAUUUUUUUAUUUUUUGUUAUGGUGGAAAACCUGCAAACUAGAUUCCCUUCCUUUUACCUACGUAUGUAUGUAUGUAUGCAUGCAUGUUGUAGACACGAUACAUCGAUGAUUGUCCCAGUAGAUGUAGAUUCUUGAUUGAUUUUGUCAAUUGGUUAUGCCUCUAAAUGAAUUUCUCUGUUGUCGUAGGUGUUUCCUUUUUUCCUUCGGUUUUGUUUUUGGUAUAUUGAUUUCUUUACUUCGUAUAGGCAGAUGGCUGGUGCAAGAUUAGGCCAAUGGUUGUUUGUUCUAGUAUGUGCAGUCAUGCUGCUGAAAGCAGCCGGAUUACCUGUGGGAAUAACUUACGUUCAUAGUGCGGUUGCCAAAGGAGCCGGAUUUGGAAUUUGACAUGUUGUGCAGUUUGCUUGGAUGGGAGUCCCCCAGCUUACCACCUUGAUAAGGGAUAUGGUUCAGGAAUUAACAAUUGGUUGGUUGACAUUGAGGUUUGUCCUUUUCUCUCAGCUCCCAGUACAGUUUCUUUCACAAGAUAAGAGGAACAAAAAGAAGAAGGGAGGAGGAUGGUGUAACAAUAUCACAACUUGUCUUGUCCGUAAAAACAACCGUUUAGGUUCAUCUAAGAAAAUGCUCAAGGAGAUUGCAUUUUCAGGGAUUCUGAACGGCAGGCAUAUGUUUAAUCCGGACUUUUACAACUGGAAUAGAGUCAAAGUUAGGUAUUGCGACGGGGCAUCAUUCACUGGUGAUGUUGCAGCUGUAAACCUAGCCACCGGUCUUUUCUUCAGAGGAGCAAGGAUUUUUCGUGCCGUCAUUGAAGAUCUAUUAGCAAAAGGAAUGGGGAAGGCUAAAAAUGCUAUGCUCUCUGGUUGUUCUGCUGGUGGAUUGGCGUCCAUUCUUCACUGUGACAACUUCCAUGCCCUCUUACCUGUUGGAGCUAAAGUGAAAUGUGUUUCAGACGCUGGUUACUUCAUUAAUGCGAAGGAUGUUUCUGGAGCACGACACGUUGAACAGUUUUUUAGUCAAGUGGUUGCAACACAUGGUUCGGCGAAGAAUUUGCCUCCAUCUUGCACUUCAAAAUUGAGUCCAGGUUUGUGCUUUUUCCCGCAAUAUUUUGCCUCACAAAUCCGGACGCCAAUGUUCUAUGUAAAUGCAGCCUACGAUUCAUGGCAGAUAAAGAACAUAUUGGCACCUGGAGUUGCCGAUCCCCAUGGGACUUGGCAGAACUGCAAGCUUGACAUAACACAUUGUAAACCCACUCAACUCAAAACCAUGCAAGAUUUCAGGGCGCAGUUUUUAAGUGCAAUUGGUGGUGUGAGCGGCUCUCGAUCAAAAGGAAUGUUCAUAGACUCUUGCUAUGCACACUGCCAAACUGAACUGCAGGAGACAUGGUUAAUGCCCGACUCUCCGGUACUGAACAAGACGACGAUUGCAAAGGCAGUUGGAGACUGGUUCUAUGACCGAACUCCCUUUCAAAAGAUUGAUUGUCCUUACCCUUGCAAUCCCACUUGCCAUAACCGUAACUUUGAUCCAAAUCACCAACAACACAGUAAUUUCGCCAAAAUGUCGAGAAAGAAGGAAUUUCCAUGGCUGCUCCUGAUUUUCGUGCACCUCCUUGGCUUUCCAAUUUUCCAUGGCUGCUGCUGGUCGUCGUUCGAUUUUGGUGUAUGAGCAUAAAUUGGUAGUUAAUUGUAGUGUAUGAGCAUGAAUUGAUUGUUUCCAUUGAAUGGAAUGCUGGUCUUAGAAUUUAGCCUCCACCUCCUCCUUGUCGGCCACGGUCGAGUAGCAGGUCACAACUCUUUCUCUCUCAACUUUGGUCUCUCGUUGUAACCAUGAACCCUAAUAGAAAAAGGCAAUUUUAGAUAA